AUGGAUAAAGCCCACUGCGACGAAAAUAGAAGUCACCAGGAUAAUUGUGAUGAUCGUACGGGAGAUGUAUCGAAGAAGAGCUUUGAAUGGUUUCACAACAUUAGAUCAUAUGUAGCUUUACUUUUUACUUUGAUUGUUGUGGAAAGCGCUAUGUUUGCUUAUAUAGCGUCUGUCCUCACAACGCUUGAACGACGAUAUAGUUUCACCUUUCAGCAAGUAGGAAUUUUGAUAACUUCCAGUCAAGUGAGUACAUUGGUUUGCACCCCAUUCGUUGCCUAUUUUCUGGGCGGACCAAACCAUCACAGACCUCGAUGGGUGGCAGUGGGAACAUUGCUAUCAUGCCUUGGUAUCAUGUUGUGUGUACUACCUCAGUUCUUGUCCGAACCAUACGCAUAUGACCAAGCCAGCAACAACACUGAUGGUGAGAUUGGCUUGUGUUCAACUGCUGCAAGAGAAAGUCAAGAGUUAAACGAAGAUGACAUUGAACAGCCACAAGAAGGUCGUAUGGCAUUUAAUCUGUAUUUCCUGGGACGUAUGAUUUCUGGGAUUGGAGGGACGUUUUACAGUACCCUGGGUUAUUCUUAUGUUGACGACUUUUCGGGCAAAAAAUCAGCAUUUCAUAUAGAAUUACUGGUCAAUGCAUGGAACAUGCUGAAAAAUCCUAUUUUUAUAUUGACUGUGCUUGCCUAUGCUAUCAACAAUCCAGUAGGCUUCGUAAUAUUCUUGCCAAAGUACUUCCAAAAAGAUCUUGGUUUCACAUUUAGUACUGGGAACCUAAUAAUAGGUUUUCUUUGGCUGUUUCCCAACUUUCCCGCUUGCCUUGUUUGUGGAUACAUUAUCAAGCGACUGAAAUUAAAGCUGAUUGGGUUGAUGAAAUGUUGCAUAAUAUUAGUUGGCGUCAUCGUUGUAUCUAAUGGUCUAGCCAUGGUGUUUCCGUGUGAAGGCCCUUAUUUGGAAAGAAGCAGGGAUAGCAGUCUAAUCACAGAAUGUAAUACAGACUGUGACUGCAAAUUAGAUCAUUACCAACCUGUUUGUGGUUCAAAUAGUCUCAAUUAUUACUCGCCGUGUUAUGCAGGAUGUUCAGAAAGUAUUGGUCCUAAGAAUUACACCAUGUGUUCAUGUAUUGAUGACAUUAACUUGGAAAGCACAUUUGCUUCCGAUGAGCUAUGUAUCGAACCAAAAUGUAACUAUAUUGCCGGAUUCAUGUUUUUUAUGGCAGUAUUCGCAAUAGCUAAUGCUACAAUUAGUCUUCCAGUUACUAUGGUUACCUUAAGGUGUGUUGACGAAAACAAGAAGUCAUAUUCUCUUGGAAUGAAGAACACAAUUCGUAACCUUUUGUUGAUUCCAUACAGCAUUGUAGCUGGAAAACUCAUCGACUCAACAUGUAUACUGUGGCGCGAGGAAGGAGGUGAACGUGGUGCAUGCGCACAAUAUGACAAUUACCUCUUCCGGGUGGUAUUCCUUGGAGCAAGCUGUGCCCUGAGUGGUGUGUCAUUCAUCAUGUUUUGUUUUACUUUGUUCCUCCUUAAACGCCGACAACAUGAUGAGGAAUAUGAUGUUCAAAUAGGAAUGACAACAUUCAUGUGGCUGUUUCCGGAAUUCCCCGUGAAUAUUGCCUUGGGAUACUUUAUCAAAUGGAAGAAACUGAAAUUGACCGGCUUGACUAAAUGUUGCAUAAUUAUCGUUUGUGGUCUAAUUGUAUUAAAUGGUCUUGCAUUAUUCUUACCUUGUGAAGGGCCUUAUCUUGUCGGAAGCAGGUGUGUUGAUGAGGGCAAGAAGUCAUUUGCAAUUGGAAUUAAAACCAUCAUAGGCUCACUAAGUAAGUUGGGUUUUUGUAUUCUCCCUUCCAAUCAAGGAAUUCCAAAGCAUCCCGGCAUUCUGCUAUAG